AUGAAAGCAGGGGAGAGGAGGGGCACACGGGCAGAAGGGCAAGGGAGCAGGGAGGGCGAAAAGGAGGAAGUGGAAGGGCGAGGCGGAAGAAGGGUGGAGGAGUAUGAGACGGUGUGUGAGGCGCUGAGCAUCGUUCUAGCCAUUGCUCCGCACAGCGUGAACCACCUCAGGCCGUUCUUCGCCUCCCACCCACCUCCAUUCCUCAGGCUCCUGCUGUGUGACGGAGCCAGUGCUGAGGAUCCCUCUGCUUUGCUGCCUCCCCUCCUCACGUCCCUCCGCCUCCUCCUCACCUCCCUCCCCACAUUCGCUUCCCUCUGGGACUGGUCGCCGCUCUUCCCCCUCCUCCUGCCCGCAUCCACCUCCUCCCAUCAACCCAGCCGAUCCGGCGAGACGGAAGAAGAGGCGGGGAGGCGGGGCGAGGAGUGGGAGGAGGUGCGAUGGGUGGCACUGGAGAUUGUGUCUCUGGUGUUGUCGUUUGAUGAGGCCACGUGCACUCGUGUGGGGUCGGCAUUGUGUGCUCUCACUGCCACACACCGCGCUCACUUCCAUUUCCGCAUAGCGCAUACCUAUUGUUCAUCUCCUCCCUACUUCCUUUCCCCCCCUUCCACACCUUUUCCCCUCUUCUUCCUCAACUCAAACCACACACCCAUCUCCCCCACCUGUCCUCCUCUCUCCCCUUCCCUCCCCAGCUGGCGUCAGCUGGCCACACACGUGGAGGCAGAGCGGGCGCCCAUGUUCCUGCUCUCGCCUCUCCAAUCCGACUCACUGCAAGGCACCCUCAGCGGUACCGAUGCCUCAGCAGCACCAGGCACUGAUCCCAGCGGUGCCUCUGCUGCUCCCUCCGCGCUUUCACCGCUCCAAGCCCCUGUGCUCACCACCUCGAGUGGGGGUUUCUCCUUUGACGGGGGCGGUGGGGGAGAGGGAGAGGGGGCGAGUGGAGGAGGAGGAGGAGCGGGAGCGGGAGUGUUGGCAGCAAGCAGCACGUCGCGGUUCAACACGGUUGCUGUGCUCGGGGUGGACCUGCCUCAGAGGCCUGUUGGCAG